UGCUGGUUGACCCUCAGCCCAAUCCACACACACAGUUCUCCGUCACGUUUCCCUGACUGGAUCCUAAAAGGAUAUCCUUUCUGACCGGCAGCCAACCACAAGAGAUGAGAUAUCAGAUUCAGCGAGCAACCCGCCGCCGGGCGCCCUGCCUCUCACUCCGAUAAAUGCAGCUCCCGGGUCAGAUGCCGCUAUCUUCCCUGCGGACUCCUCGCAUUCCUCCUGGAUGAAUUAUGUGGGCCAGAACCAACUGCCUCUUGCUUCUCGCCAAUGCAGGGCUUCUCCUUGGUCCAACCCACCAGGAAUGUGGCGGUGUUCUGUUCUCCAGUACCACCCAUGGAACCGUGCAAUACUUCCUGCCACUGUCUGACUCCAUCAACGGGGACAGGUGCUCCUGGAUUCUCCCGGACAAUGCGGAGGCCGUCCAGUUGGAGGUUGUCCCCCAACAGACCGUGUCCUGGGCUGUUGUCGGUUGCAAUUCUGCCUACUUGGAAAUCAAAUUGGAAGCAACAGAAAAUGAAAGAGAAUUCUGUGGUCUCUUCUGGAGCGUCCCCAAGGGCGGCAGGAAGCUUGUGAUCCGAGGGCAAGGGCCAGGUAUCAUCGUUCUUGAAGCACCGGUGUCUGGCUUCGAGCAUGGGCUUACCCUGCGCUACUUGGAGGGUGCCACUGUAAAGAUUCCAACAAAACUUAUUCUGGACAUGAGCUUUAACCUUCACCUGAAAGACUCAAAAUCAGACGAAUAUCAGAAGCUGGCCAAGGAUUUUGCACUUAAAAUUUCUCCCUUUUACGACACGAUUCCUGGGUUUCAGCAGCUGCAGAUUAAACGCUUUAGUGCGGGAAGUGUGAAGAUUGAAUUUGACGCCAUCUUCAGAUUGACGAAAAUCGAGUCUUUUCUGUUGGAUCCCGACCUCAUCUUCAAUGUCAGUGGUCUGUGGCUUGUGAUUUCCGGUGGCUUUGAGAUUGGCGGUGCACGAGUGGUGACGGUGUACGUAACAGAAAAGGUAAUUGCUUUGUGUGGCGAGGUGCUUUUCUGCCAGAAUGGGUUCCAGUGUGUUCACAGCAAGUCAGGAAAUGUCAGCUGUACGUCCCUCUGCCACACUGCCUACUGCAAAAACAGCGGCAUCUGCAUUCACAACCGGGGCCAGGCACCCAUGUGCCAGUGUCCCGUAGGCUCUGAUUAUUGGUUCAUGGGCCCCCGGUGUGACCACAGAAUGACCAACCAGAUCCUGGUAGCCAUUGCCUUCGGCGUGGCGUUGGCUCUGCUGGUGGUGCUGGCAGCCGUGGCCUUCUUAGUCCUGAGACGUUUCAAAGUUGUGCUGACCGAGGCAAAAAUAGACCAGACCAGGAGCAGUUACAAGCGGUUCAGUCGCUUUGAUGACUUCUCCAAUCAACACCAGUCGCAGUCCUGGCUCAGCUUCUCUGUGAAUUCUUUGGACAACCCUGGAUUCAGUAACUCAGAUGAGCUGAUCCAUCUUCAGAUCUUGGACACCAGUCUCUAUUCUUGCUAUGAAGAAUCGGUGACUGGGACAUACAGCAGCCAGAGGACUGGGCCUCAUGGUCAACCAGCUUUCAGACACAGUUUACAAAAUCUGGAUGCUAGUAUUAACAGCAUCAACGAGUACAUGGGAGACUCAGGGAAAGCCAGUGAUAUGUCGGUUUGCAGCUGGCCUGGUGAACCCUUCCGGUGGUCACCCUUCCCAAUCCUGUACCAACUCGGCAGGGAAAGACCGUUCAAAGCCAGACGGCCACACUCAUACUAUGAAGGGAUGGAACUUGUGAGCAUGGAAAGAAAUUGGACGGCCUAAAUAGCAAUAGAAAACAUUCAUCACCCCCUUUUAUAAAGGUCAGGCCUAUUUUUUUUGGGUUGAGUACAGUUAGGCAUCCUCAUAGUGGAUAUUUCCAUGUUUUUAAAUUGGCCACCUUGUGUAAAAACAAUUAGCCAGCCCAUUUGGGUCUGGAUUUUAAUGUCACUUCCGUGAGUAUUAGUUUCCUGUGGAAACAAGGCUCUGACCUCAGAUUAAACAACACACCAUCUGGAUUCUGCACUCUGACCUCAGGCCUGUGUUAAACGAUGAGCCAUUUACUUUGGUUAUCAUAGAAGUGAGCACACACUCUAAGAAGGGUUGCAAAAGGGUGGGGCUCGCUCGUCUCAAACUUAAAGGAUGUCCUCAGCUUUUAAGUAUGUAUUAUGAUGCUGCACAAGUGAGACAGACAGUGACAUCCAAUGAUAAAUCACAACACCAAAGAAGCAAUGGAAGGGCAGGGGGAGAAAUGCUGAGCAGCCAAAAACAUCAUGAUUUAUUAAUAUUUGAAGUAACUUCAUAAUCCAACACAACCAAAUUAUACAUUUUACAAUCACAUUCUAUUUGUAAACAGUUAAAAAGCCACUGACUUGUUUGCAUCUUCCAACAGACAGUUAAAAUGAAGGCAAUGAAAUGGUGGCAUUGUCUGCAUUGUUAAAAUCGUGUCCUGGUUUGUCUCACUGAAUGAAUACAUUUUGUGACAAAAUCAAAAUGUAAAAUAACUCGUUUUCUGUUUAACUCUUUUAUAUGCAAAUUCUAACAUUAAAAUGGCCUCUUAUGGAUGACAGUAUGAUUCUGUGAACCACUAGAGUUGAUCACAGUAUGCAUAGUUACAGAUCUCAGCCAUUUUUUAAGUACAACAGUCAAUUGGACAGUCACAAUAGCAAAAUACAUUUAGCCACUCGAUAAUGGGAAUAUAAAGGAAGGGGGUGGUGGAAAUAAAGUAUAUAUACUACAACAUGUCAGCAAAAUUCACCUUCACUCAUCAUAAAAUGACAGCAAUUUCAAAGCAAUAGCUGGAAACUCCGGCUUUAAGCAGUUAACUUGGCAAAAAUAAAACAAUGGUAAUUUUACAGAGCAGUUUAAUUCAGUGCUAAAAGUUGGAGAGGGGGUGUCCUACACAAAGCUACCAUAAGUUUCUAACAUGGGAAAGAGGGGGAGGGGGAGGGAACUAUUUCCUGAGAACCAUGCUCUUUCUCGUUUCAGGAUAUAGAGGAAUAGAAAAAAAAAAGAACAUGGUCAAAACACUGUUCAAUAUUCCCAGAGAUAGAACAUCUUCAUCUGCAAUUUUCUUUUUUAAUUAAAAAAAAUUAUUUUCAUUUAUGAUGGAAGAGUAAACAUUUCCCCUCAGAAGUCUGUAAACAAGAGGGCACAACCAGGGCACCUCCAAAAAAAAUGAAAGCUCUAUUGAAAGUGCUGUACCCUCCUGGCUUGCAGGGUGGGGUUGCAAGUCACAGCUGUUGCCACAGUGUCACACUGCAGAGAUUAAAUUCUUUAGGUUUUCUUUAAUCUUAUUAAAAUGUUUUGAAAAGAAGCAGGUUGGUGCAAUACUUCUUUUUGAAACUGCAAGCUCAGUAAUGAUAACUUUGCUCUACAAUACCACAUUACGGUAAGUACAUGUCAAGGCAUAUUAAAGAGCACACUUUUUUGCCAUUUAUUUCCUUGCUAAAAGAACAUUUUUGAGUAAACAUUUACACUUGAACUACCCUCUCCACCCUCCACCCC